GCGUCUGAGCUGCGUUUGGACUCCCUUCAGGAUGCAGUGGCAACAUCCAUCUUGGCUGCUCCUGUCGUUGGCAUAUUGUAAUGUUUCAGGGCAGCAUCAUGGUCCGAGUACAGGAGAGUCAGAUCAAAAGAGACGGGAGGCUGAAGAUCUGCAUGAGGGAUGCAUGGUGUCCAACCCAAAUCCAGGCGUUGCGGGUGCCUUGCUUUGUAUGGAGCAUGUAAGCACAAUCCUGGAAACUGGAAACCUCAGCACCCACUUUAAAGCGAUAGAGAAGCUAGAGAAGGUGCUGGAGCAGACAGACGUGAGUGAGACGAUGUCCAUGUCUGUCAGUCACUUGAUGGCCAUCCUGCACAAACCCAAAGGUCGCUUCGCAGGCCUGGAAAUCUCCGCCAGUGACACUGAGGCCAAGCCAGGUGUGACCGUCAACAACAGCAAAGUCAGCGUCCGGCUGCCGAGAGAGUUGGAUCCCGGAUUGAACCACAUCAUCGUGUUCUGCGUGGUGACUUGGCCGAAAGCUAUACGGGGCUCUGCCUCGGAUGAGUUCUACCAAAACAGGCUGGUGGGCCUGAGCGUGAGGGGGAAAAACAUUUACAGCCUGCAGGAGCGUGUAAACAUCACCGUCAAUCUCACCGACGCCCUGAAUGAAACCCAAACCCCAAGAUGUGCCUUCUUGAAUUUUUCCACAAUGGCAAUCAGCAGCAGUGGCUGUGAGACCGUCUGGAGGCGUGGCCAGAGUCAUGUGACCUGCUCCUGCGACCACCUGACUUACUUUGGCGUGCUCAUGGUGUCUGCUUCCCUCUCAGCCACAAACGAAGCGGUGCUGACAUACAUCUCUCUGAUUGGCUGCAGUCUGUCCCUCCUUGCCCUGCUCCUUACACUUCUGCUGUUCAUCACAAAAAGGAAUAUCCGCCAGGACGUGUCCAUGAAGGUCCACAUCAACUUGGCCCUCUCCCUCAUCCUGCUCAACAUUCACUUCCUGCUCAGCCGGCUGGCCACCGUGCAGGCCUCCAGGGCACUUUGCUUGUACGUGGCUCUCUCACUGCACUACUCCCUGCUGGCCACCUUCAGCUGGAUGGCGUUGGAGAGCUUCCACCUUUACCUACUCCUGGUCCAAGUCUUCAACAUCUACAUCCGGCGAUAUGUCCUCAAACUGGGCCUGGUGGGAUGGAGUGUUCCUGCGGCCAUUGUGUGCCUGGUGGUCCUUGUAAAGCCAGAUGCGUAUGGACAUGUACCCCUGGACACGUCCAAUCCCAACAGCACAGAAAUAUGCUACAUGGUGGAUAACGCUGUGAAGAAGGCGACCACGCUGGGGGUGUUCACCUUGGUGUUUGUCUUCAACCUGAUGAUGCUAGUGGUGACGGUCCACCGUGUGCUGAGUCUCCGCCAUAGGGAAGAGCAAAUGUUUACCCUGCUGUGGCCUCUUUGCUGUGGUCAGUUUGGACGCAGUGAGAGAAGCCGAGCCAAGCAAAACAUCAGCACUCUGCUGGGAGUCACCACCCUGCUGGGCAUCCCCUGGGGCCUCAUCUUCUUCUCGUUUGGCCACCUGACCACAGCGGGCCUCUACCUCUUCUGCAUCCUCAACUCACUUCAAGGUUUCUUCAUCUUCUUGUGGUUUGUCAUGUCCUGGAGGAAGUCACGACACUCGGGGGCAAGCCUUUAGCUUUGUCGUAAUGCAACUUAGGAGGCCAGGUUGUAAGAAAGUUGACUGUAGAGGUUAGUGUUCUUUUCUGUUAAAAAAAUAAAAAAUGCCCUAUUUUCGGGGAGAAAAAACACAAAUGGGUGGAUUUUAAAAAAAAAUUGUUGUAAUGCAAACACAGAAUCACAAAUAUGCGGGAUCCACUGUAAUCAUGUCUUAAAGCAGGGGUGUGCAAG